AUGCUGAACGGCGGAUCUCACCGCCAGCGCCUGGAGCUGCACUCCGCCAUGGUCGCAAUGGAGGUCUCCGCCACUCCGCCGUCCGCGCACUCCCAGUGCCCCUCCCGCUCCCCCAUGUCCACCGCGGUCGAGUCCCCCAUCCCCUCCACGCGCCGCAUGUCCCUCCAAAUCGACGAUCUUGAGCGUCCAAUGCACCGUAACAGCGCCUUCAACGGUCGGGAUGUGUUUGGACGACCGAGCGGAGAGCCUGUCAUGCAACCACAGCCCGAAGCGGGUUUCGACCAUUCUGCUUCGGCUGUACGUAACCAAACAACAGCGCCGUCUCCAGCACCAGCGUCAGCGGCGGCGGCAAGCGCGGCGUUGGGGCCGACGGACUGGGCGUAUCUCUACGCGCCGCACAACGAACCUUCCCGCCGCCGCCGGUCGCUUGACUGCAUCCGCUCGGCGCGCAAAUCCGACCGGUCUGCUGCUGCUUUUAACGCGGUCAACGACGCGAGUAGCGUGGAUGCGCGCAGCCAAGCGCUGCACGCCGCGAACGGCGCGGGGGGCGCGGGAUCCGACAGCGAGGAUGAGGCGGGGACGGUCUCUGGGGAUAUUGCCGCGGGGCUUCAGAGGACGCAGGCGGGAGGCGCGCGGCGGGGAGGAGCUAUUAACGACUGCUCGAUGGAUGUGGAUGGGGGGGACGGAUGGGGGGGAGUGGAGGCGUGGGGAGGAGUGGAGCAGGCGAUGCACCCCGCGGGGUUGAUGCAGGCGCGCGCAGCCAUGGUGGCGCAAGGCGGCGGGAUUGGCGGCGCCCAGCCGCAUGCAGUAGCAGGCUCGCACCGGGGAGUGGUGAUGUCGAACCCGUGGGCCAGCUGA